AUGCCCCUCCCCAAACCCCUCCCCAUCACCGGCUUCGGCCUCCUAGGCAUGACAUGGCGCCCCAGCCCAACUCCAGACAAACAAGCCUUCAGCGCCAUGAAAACAGCCAUCUCUCACGGCGCCACCAUCUGGUCGUCCUCCUCCGUCUACGGCAUGCCUCCUCAGCCCCCCACAGCAGGCUUACACCUCCUGCGCCGCUACUUCGACAACCUGAGGUUAGACCCCAGCUGUCAUUUUCUUUUUUGCUUGAUUCAAGAUAACUUCCCCAAGAACCUUGAAUUGGUGGAGAGAAUCAACGACUUCGCCAGGCAGCGCGGCGUCACUCCCGCCCAGUUAGCCCUCGCCUGGAUCCGCGCUCACUCUAACUCUGGGCCCUGUGGUACUAUCAUCCCCACCCCUGGUGCGACGGCAGCUUCUCAUGUCGAAGAAAACUGCACGGCGAUUCCGCUGGCAGCUGAGGAGAAAGAGCAGCUGGAUGCGAUUUUGAAGUCGUUUGAUGUUGCAGGGGAGCGACAGGUCGUGGGGAUGAGCUCUGAGUUGUGGGGUUGA